GAUGGAUUCUGCGAGCUCUGCCCGUGGGUACAAGGACUUCGCGGGUCCCUGCCCAUGAGGAUUCUUGAAGACAGCGAGUGACGUGAAAUGCCACGGAGUGAAGUGGAAAAGUCCACAACCUGCUCCCUGAGCCAUGGCCGGGCUGAGGCACAGCCGCUCCACCUGUAUCCGAGCGGCCUUCAGUUCGGUCAGGGCCGGCUUCCAGAAGAGCUCCGGGAAGAGGCUCCACCGCUUCAAGGUCAAUCCCAGGAGGAUUCGCACGGACCUCGCAGAAGGCAUCUGGAGAGAGUUUUUAGAUCCUUACGAUGGUGAGUUGGAAGACACCGCUGCUCACUCCGACUGUAGCUUCAACCACCGUUCUCUGGGCAGCAGGCGCCGUAACAUGGCUUCCUGUGCACCGACAUCGAAAGGUCCAGGAGGAGUUAACCUGGAAGACUGUCCCUCGUCCCAGUGCCCCGACUUCCUUGUCAAAGCCGCUGGCUCGGCCCCCGCAGGUCAGGAGGCUGUCGACGUGGACAUGGUGCCCGUCAGCGAGCCCCGGCCAGUGGCCCAGGCCAGCGGCUCCGAGGUGGGAGGCUGGGCCCCGAGACGUCCCCCGUGGCCAGAGGACCCGAGGAUGACCGAGGAGGAGCGGGGGCCCAGGGCAGCUGGCCCCUUCCUUGCUCCCACCGAGACCCCUGACGCCGGCAGACAUGGAUGGAGCAGGACCCAGGCGUUGCGGCCACCACGCGGACUUGGCAGUGAGAGAGAGCAAGGGCCCAAGCUCUCACUUCUCAAGAGAAAACUGGAACUUUUACUUACAGAGCCUGAAAAAAAUAAGAGAAAGAAGCAGUACGUGGCCUAA